CACCACAACACCGUCAAUCUCCACUCCUCGCGGAGCCCGGAAUGCUCCCAACCCAUAUUUGCAGCUCAACGGGCUCUUUCACCUUCAAUUGAGAUCGCACAACGUUUCCACACCGCUACCAACGAGCUAGACUCUCUCGUCCGACCCAGCCGCCGAAUAUCCCUCACCCGCCAUGGCCAAAGGAGAAAUCGGCGCGCUCGUCAGCGCCGGCGCUGUUGCAACAGCCCUCGGCGGCGCCUACAAAUUCAGUGAAUUCGUCAACAAAGCCAAACGUCUCCAUGAUGUCGGCCCUGCAAAUGCAGUCUACGUCCGCCUGAUCAACCGCGUCCGCCGCGACCUCGACGAAGUCAAGCGCCUCCUCACCGUCCCCGAAGUCAAACAAGCACUUUCGACCAACCGCCCUAAGGCCGAGUGGGUGUAUGGCUGCAUCCGCGAUACCCGUGGUGCACUCGAGAAUAUCACGCCGCAUACCGAGCGGGUGGCUGGGGACAUCGAUGGCGGAAGGCGUGUUGGGUUUAGACAUCGGCUGAGGUGGCUGUUGGAUGAGAAGGAGAAGCUGGAGAAUCGAGAGCGCGAGGUGCAGGCCGCGCAUGCUAGUUUGUGCGAAGCGAUUGGAUUCUUGACGGCGCUCGAGCCGGUUGAUGAGAGCAGGAAGGUGGACAGAAAGGUUGAAAUUGAAAUUGAUCGCGAGGGACCGCGCAUGGUCGAGGAGAGAGAGGUUUGGGUUGAUGGACGUGAUGGACGUGAUGGACGUGAUCGUGAGACUAGGAGGGUUGAGGAGAGGGAGACCUGGGUCGAAACGGAGCGUGCGCCGCAUACUCAUGUUGAAGAACGCGAGACUUGGGUUGAGAGUGAACGUGGCCCUCGACGUUAUGGCGAAGAGCGUGAGGCCUGGGUCGAGAGUGAGCGUGGUCCACGGCGUCACGUGGAAGAGCGCGAGGCCUGGGUCGAGAGUGAGCGUGGUCCACGGCGUCACGUGGAAGAGCGCGAGACCUGGGUUGACACCGAUCGCGCUCCCCGUUCUCACAUUCAAGAGCGUGAGAGCUGGGUUGAGACCGAGCAUCGUGGCCCUCGACGUCACGUCGAAGAGCGCGAGACCUGGAUUGAUACCGAGCGUGCGCCUCGUUCCCAUGCUGAAGGGCGUGGGGCCUUCGUCAGGCACCACCACAAAGGCCCAAAGCGAGUUGAAGAGCGCGAGCUUCAUAUCCACCGCGAUCCUCGACACAUCGAAGCUAGAUACUCGGAGUACGGCCCCGGCAGGCACGAAGAGAGUCGCUAUGAAGAGCGCCGCUACGAGGACGAUCGGUACGCUGGUCGCCCAAGUGACGUCCAUGUUCGCGAGCGCGAGACAUACAUGCCAGGCCCUCCUUCUCGAAGCCCACAAUAUGGUCAGUACGGAGAAUACGCCGAAUAUGGCGCUCCUCAACCCUCCGGAGCUUCUGUGUAUCGUCGCAAAUUUACGGGAGACCCUGGGUUUGGUGAUGAGGAGGUGCAUAAUCCUCAGCCAGUACCACCGAUGAGAAAUGACCGCGAAAUUUGGAUCGAGGAGAAGGAAGAUUACAGAUACGAUGAAUAUGGUAACAGGCUUCCAGAACGGAUGCUGCCAGGACGACUCGAGCGCACCCGAUACCCGCGCAGCCGUAUGUAAAUGUUUGAUCCCCCGCUUCGAGGCUGGACGAAAGAAGCUGUCCAUAUCAUUUACCUAAUUAUUUGGAGUCCUUGGUCUAGUAAGUUUGAAAGCUCCGAAGCUGGAAAUGAAGAGUGGCUAUAGUAUUUCGUUGGUCCUUUGGUAGUUAUUGAAGUUUUCUUUUUCUAUGUGGUGCCGAUUGUGGGUAUGAAAUUUGGAUUGACGUUCCAGAAGCGACCUCGUCAAUGCUGUAUACGCUUCCGACACGUUUCCUACAUCUUCACACCCUCUACCCCUGCAUCUUGUCACUAAAAUUUGUAUGCAUUCAUUAUCGACGCGCUGUUCGCAUUAGCACUAGAACGAUGACUUGGC